AGAUUCUGAUAAGUUUAUUUAAUAAAAGUAUUUUUUAUAAAAAUAGAAAAUUAUUGGAAACUUGAAAUGUUGAUAAAUGACUUGAAUUAAUAAAUAAUAAAAGUAUGUUAUAUUAAAAAUAAUUUUGAAUUUAACGCGCGAACGGUGGGUCUGUGAUGGCGGAUAGUUGUGUUCAUAUUUCUAUUACGCUUGCUGUGCAGAUUGCAAAUGCUUUUACCUUAAUAUUUAUUAUUUUAUAAAUGUUAUAAUUUUUUAAUUUAUUAUGAUAAUGUAAUAUUCCAAAUAGUUUUUUGAAUAGUAUUCAUACAUAAUAGACAAUAUGAGUGAGCAAAUUCAUCAGUAAUUUUACCCACUUCUUUACGAAAUAAAUAAUACGACAUAAUAACUGAUUGACAAGUACUUAAAUGUCUAAAAGUGGUAUAUUUAAAAUUUUUUUAUAAAUACUGACUAUAAUUUCGAAUUAAUUAUAUACGAUAAUUAAAACAGGUUAAGCAUCAUAGUUUAUAAAAUAGUAGAAGAGUCUCUAUUAUUAUUUCUAAUACAAAAUAUUGUGAUUCGACUAUUAUUGUGCAGACAAAAUGACAGAACUUCUUACAGCAUCAAUUACAUCUAAUGAAAUGCAAGAAAGAUGUAGUAUUUGGGUAGAAUCACAGAAUGAACAUUUGUAUUCUGAAGACACAUCAAAAGAUAAAACAGAAAAUAGUUGUAAUGAUUAUGAAACCGAUUCUGAAUUUGAUUCAGUUUCAGAAUGUGGUAGUAAAAGACGUAGAGUAGGGAAAUAUUUAAAGCAUGAAGUUUUACAUUUAGUUUGUGAAUGGAAAGAUUGUAAAUUUGAUAGUAAUUAUAUUGAAGUAUUUACAAGACAUGUUGCUAAUCAUAUAAGCGAUUUAGAAAUAAAAGUUAAAGAAGACAAUACAGAGGUUUAUGUGUGUCAAUGGAAAAAUUGUUCACAUGAAAGUGGUAUUUCUGAUGAAAUUUCACGACAUGUCAAUUACCAUUCUUAUCAUACUAAAUUAAAAUGUAUUGGAACAAAUAUUCGUGGAAGAAUCAAAUUACCUAAAUGUAAUAGAGAUGCAGAUUGCAAGAAUAUUAUUGAUUCACCAGUACCACAUAUCUGUAGAUGGGAAGAAUGUUUAAAGAUUUUUUCUAAUUAUCAGAUGUAUUUGUAUCAUAUAACUGCUCACAUAGAUACUAAUCCACGUGGUAAUAAAGUAGAAGGUGGAAUUGAAUGUAAAUGGACAGGAUGUAAAAAUAAAUAUCCUAGUUUAUAUAAACUUAGAGAUCAUAUGAGAUGUCAUACUAAAGAAAAAAUAGUUGCUUGUCCAGAUUGUGGUACUAUGUUUGCUUCCAAUACAAAAUUUCAUACUCAUUGUAAAAGGCAAAUUCCUAUAGAUGUGCAAGGAUUUCAAUGUUCACAUUGUAAUAAGUUCUAUCCAACAGAAGGCAUUCUACGUGAUCAUAUGAGAUUGCAUGUAUUUAAUUAUAAAUGUACUUUAUGCGAUAUGACUUGUGAAUCACCAGCUAGUUUAGCAAAACAUGUGAGAUAUCGACAUGUAUCCACAAGAACUUUUCCAUGUCAGUUGUGUUCUCAUGCUGCUAAAUCCCAACAAGAUUUAGAUUCUCACAUGACUGUUCAUACAAAUGGACCCAAUUUCUCUUGUCACUAUGAAGGUUGUUCUUACACUUGUAAGGGUGCUUAUACAUUAGACAGACAUGUUGAACGUAUACAUAGCUUAGAAGUGAGAUGGUAUUGUUGUCAUGAAUGUCCUGUUAAAUAUAGAAAAAGUUAUCGCUUAACUAAACAUCUUAUUGAAGCUCAUCAUUUGCAAUUACCUAGUGGUCAUAAACGAUUUCAAUAUGUACAAGAUGAAGAUGGUUGUUAUAGACUUCAAAUGGUUAGAUAUGAAACAGUAGAUGAAGAAAAUACUUCAUCUGUUGAAAAACCAAAUAUUACGGAUAAAAAAUAUAAGCUUAAAUUAGAUAAUACUUCAUCAUUGGUAAAAGUAGAAAUUUUAGAAGAUAAUACAGAAGAUGUACAAGAUUUACAGAUAAAACCCAUAACAGAUUUUAAUAUGGCUAAAUCAAUGCCUGUUAUAUCAAAUAUUUUAAUAACUUUUGAUGAAAUAGAUGAAAAAGGAAACAUAACAAAAAGUAGAAUUAUAAAUUCUCAAAGUAUAUAAAAUAUCAAAUCAUAAAAACUUUUAUUAGAAGCAAAAUAAAUAAAAUAGUAAAAACAUAGUCUGAUAAUUAUAUAU